UUCAUUUCUCUCUUUCGUUCAUUCAUUCUCUCUUUAUCGUAUCUAUCAAUUACACAAUGAUGUCAUCAUUUCUUAGUCCAAUUUAUUGGUACGGAAAUUACCUUCGUUUAUGCUUCGUUGUUGCUGGGCUCACUUCUCAGUUAACCAACCUUGAUAAUGGUGAUACCACUGUCCACUUUUGGGGACCGAAUUCCAUUAACACGACCAAGCCAUCAUUGGUUCUAAUACACGGCUUUGGCCCCGUGCCCACGUGGCAGUGGCGAAAUCAAGUCACAUACUUUGCCCCUAAAUUCAACGUCUAUGUUCCUGAAUUGAUAUUCUUCGGCCAAUCCACAACUCGUUUGGCUGGCCGUUCUGAGCAAUUUCAAGCAGACAUUGUUGCCAAACUAAUGGAGAAGAUUGGCGUGAAGAAAUACAGCGUGGUGGGGACAAGUUACGGUGGAUUCGUUGCAUACAAUGUAGCAAAAAGGUGGGCAAAUAGAGUUGAUAAAGUGGUAAUUGCAAGUUCUGCUACAAAUAUGAGGUUGAGAGACGGUGUAGAGUUGCUAAAAAGGGCGAAAGUGGAGAAGAUUCAAGAUCUUUUUCUUCCGACCACUGUAGCACAAUUAAGGACUCUGCUCAGUCUCACUGUGUAUAAUUUUUUCGAGUUUGUACCGUACUCAUUACUCGACGAUAUGCUCCAAAAAUUGUUCUUUGAUAAUAGGGAGGAGAAGUCAGAACUUUUUGAUGGAUUAACUAUUGGACGAGAUAAUCAAGCACAUGUUGUUGAUUUAAAUAAGGAAGUGUUGUUGGUAUGGGGGGAUCAUGAUCAAAUAUUUCCAAUUGAAGAAACUGUUGAACUCAAAAAGCUUUUGGGAAAGAAUGUGAAGUUGGAGGUGAUAAAAGAAGCAUCACAUUUACCCAAUAUUGAAAAGGCUGACCAAUUCAAUCAGAUCCUCAAUAACUUUUUAUCCAUCAAAAAAUAAUCUAAUA